AUGCCAUGAAGACUGCGUGGAUCUCGCCUUAAUCGUAAUACCUCCGCCUCUCCACACAUACCACUUCUUCGUCAACCGCUAUUCCUGAUGAGCUGAGAGCAUAGUGAAUUCGAGCUCGUUUUCCAGACCCUCCACAUCCUCAAUCCAAUUCCUCCAAAGGCAGUCAUGGCCAUAACAGAUAAUUUUGGUGUGCUGAGCAGGCCGACUUUCGCCCCCGGCGGUCUUAGGGAUGCUGCCUUACAGCUCCUGAACAGCAGAAGAGGAAGAUGGGCACUGGUAUUGGCCGUGCUGAUGAUCCUUCUCAUCGCCAUGCCUCCUCCCUCAAGCUCCAUGUCUUCAUAUCGCGAAUCAUUAACGAAAUACUACUACUCACAAUCAUCGAACUCGACGACGACGAAGAAUUCUGCGGGUACGAAUGCAUAUGCUCAUCAGUCGCCGCUGGUUCUUUCGGAUACUGCUGUAGGAAUAGAAUCUGGCGACAAGAUAGUCCCCCAAGCCCUUCUCAAAGGCAACCCAGCCUUCCACCUCAUAAUUCCCCAAUCGGAAGGGCAGUUCGAAUUCUGCCAAUUCUACUUGUCGUCUAUGGUGCUUAAUUACCCUGCUGCUACAAUCACCAAAUACGGCAUCGGAUACCCUCCGGGUCAGACUUACCAGAAGGACAUGGACAAGAUCAAAGGCGUCAACGAGUUUCUGAAGUCGAGGACGAUAAACGAUGAUGAUCUGGUCCUCAUAGUCGAGGCAGACAAGACUUUGUUCCAGUUGCCCUCAGAUGUUCUCAUUAAGCAGUAUCAGAUGCUUGUGAGGGAGGCGAACGCACGCCUGGCGAAGCAGUACAAGAACGGGGUCAAUGGCCAUGCCUUGAAUCAGACCAUAUUCUUUUCGCCUGCAAAACUUUGUGACGAGUGGAUGAAGAAUGAACCAGCAUGUGCGGCAGUGCCAGAACCGCCUCUUCCACCCACUAUCUACGGCACCCAAACAGACAGUGAACCUGGCGGAUCUCGAAACCGACCAAAGUAUCUGUCAUCUGACAGCAUCAUCGGACCGGCAGGCGACCUCCGCAAGCUAUUUGCAGCCGCUGUUCAAAAAAUCACCGAGCACAGCGAAAAUUCACGAUGGGCAGAUCGUUCGCAUACAUCCGCUCAUACCAUCUUCGCCUCUUUGUUCGGAGAGCAGGAAUUCGCUCGUUCCAUCAACUCAGGGCAGACCGACAAGUACCACUGGCCGGAAUGGCUCUCAGAGAAAACCGGCAUCCAAGUCACCCCUGGCGACCCAUCUAUCUUAUCCCAAGACCUCGUCAUAUCCGCCGCACGCAACUAUGAAUUCAGUAUGGGCCUCGACUACUACUCCAUCCUCUUCCAACCCAUGACCCUCGCCGCCUCCGACGAGCUAACCUUCCUCACCUACUCCGACACGCCCUCUCUCCGCGCCGCCUCGCACGCCGACCCCCUCCUCCCGUCCCUCCCCAUCCCCCUCACCCACUCUUCCCCACCCUUCGAAACCGCCAUCCCGGGCUCCCACCUCCUCCCCAAAGCCAACCUCCUCCACUACAUCAACGAGCUCAAACCCGACCCCGCCCUCGACACUCUCCCGCCCGCAAACACCUCCUUCGCAGACCUCCCCCUCCUCACAAACACCUACCUCCUCUCCAUCCCCGCCGCCCUCUCCCUCUCCAGCCCCGGCGAGGAUCCCGCCCACCACACCGUCUCCCGCUCCCAGCUCUACACAACCCUCUGGUUCAGCCCGCACGCGCGCGCCCUCCUGCGCAGAUACCUCCGCACCAUGCCCCAGGGCCCUAUUGCAAUGCAUAGCAGCUACGUCGGCGGCGACUGGCGCUGGGACACGCGUGGCGGGCUGGGCGGCGUGUGGACGGGCGAGCACGGCGAUGUGUAUCGCGAGUGGGGCCUGGAUAUUUGCAAGGAUAUGGAGGUGCGGGUGUUUGGCGAUGAUAAGGGGCCGUGGUUGAGGGAGGGCGAGGACCCGCAGGUUGAGCAGAAUAAGCCGGUGUUGAAGCGUGGAUUGGGUGGUGCAAGUGGUGAAGAGGGAGAACGGCGGAGGGGGAUGAGUAGGAGGGAGUUGUAUGGUGUGCCGGACUGGAUUGAGACGGCGUAGAGUGAUUUGAGGCGGACGGGCUUUUCUCAGGUCAUGUGGCGUGUAUUGGAUUCGGUCAAGGGCGUUUUCGGAGCUCUCUGCUUUCUUGAUUGUGGUACGG